AUGCAUCAAUCUGAUGAUACAAUAACAUGGCUCAAAGAGCCACGCAAAGGCGGGAUAUGGGUUGAGUAUCUCGAGCUUCUUAUCGAGCUUUCACGAAUUGGCCAGGCUGUCAGCCUUACCAAUACCACUGAUCAUGCUGCUUUCAAAUCUCUCCAUGCCGAUUGCCUCGCUCUUGAAACAAAACAGCUGGAUUAUUGGACAAAGAUCAAUCCCGACAGAGAGCCCCCGACAUACGCUCGUGGUGAAUUAAACACCGGAAUUUCUCCCACGGAUGACUUGUUCGGCCCAGCCUAUCGCUUUUCUUGUCUUGAUGAUGCCAUUCUACAUUCUAUACUCUGGCUAGCCAUGUCAUUCCUCUAUCCUCUCAUUCACCAGUGUCGAGUUCUCACCAACUCAAAAUACACACUUUCUCAUAGCAGUCUCUUGAUUGACGAUUCUCAAGACGAAGCACAUCGCCUUUCGCUAUCUUAUGUCUCCAAGGCUGCUCGAUGCCUUCCAUACUGCGGUCAAAAGGGCAUGAAUGCAUGGGGCAUGUCUUACGCGGUGUGGGUCGCAACUCAGGCAUCCCGGGUAUACACCCACAAGAAAGAUUGGGACCGGUUUAUGUGGGCGCAAAAUGCUUUGCUAUACGUGGAGAGCCUUGGAUUUGGAAUUGCUGGUCAAUUCUACAACAUGUGGGGGAAUUAUUGGUUUGAAACUCAUAAACACGACCCUUACAGGGUCAUGAGUUUGAGAGGCCAGGUUGAAAAGUGCAAAAUCGAUCCUUAUGGGGAUGCACCAAAUAAAUAUGGUGUGUAA